AUGGAUACGGCGGAGGAUGGUGACUAUCUGCAAUUUGCGACCAAACUGUACGCCGCCUCAAAGCCCUUUCUUGCAAUUAAAGCCUAUGAGCGUGCUGUCUCUGAGGUGGAGGCUGCUGCUGCUGCUACCUCGGACCCAAAGCCUUUGCCAGGAAACAAAUUGGGAUCGGGGAAUGCACUUUUCAAGGACUUCAUAUUACACUGUAACGCGUUUGGCGUUAAAGCCGCUACGAGCGACACCAAAAUGGCGGGGGAUUUCUUGCGUCUUGGCUUCAAGGAGCUGCAAAGGCGAAAUUAUUUACAAGGGGAUCUGGAUGCCAAUGACCCUAGUCAGUUUUUCAUACCUAUUCAGGAGGAUAGGGGUAUUGCCUUUCUUGUAUCACUGAUCUUGAGCAACUGGGCGUGCCUAUUACUACGAUCAGGAAACACAAGAGAAGCCGCAGCUUUUCUUCAAUUGGCACUCACCAAUUCUAUGGCAGAAGAGCUGACCCGUGUUGUUCUUCUUAACAUAUGUGCAGUUGACGUACACAAUUGUCUCUUUUCCCAGGUGCGAGAAAAUGCAAUGGAGGCGCUUUUUGAGGACGGAGAAACUGAAGAAGAGGGACAAGAAAAGAUGGAUAAAGAUAAUGCUGCCCGUGAAGAUGUAAAUGGACUUCUUUGCGCGUUUGCAUAUCAUAAUGUGGCCAUCGCUGAGGAAUACCUUCAACCACAAGAAGCUGAAAGCCACUAUAACAAAGGGAAGGAAAUGUUGGCUUCAAGCCCGUACCAACGAUGGUCAAGCGUCAUUGAGUGUGCUCGAAGGAGAUUUCUUGAUAUUGUUCAACGUCGAAGAUAUGAAGCGACAAGACGAAGAGAAGCCGCCGAGGCGGAGAUGGAGGCCGCCAAACAGGUGGAAGCAACCGUUCGACGAAAAGUUAGGGCAACUUGGAGUGCAACGGCGCGACAGCCGUCAGCGAAGCCUGGGAAUCGUGGCAAGAAGUAUAAAAAACGGAUCUCAGGUUUGACCAAUGAUACAAAGGACGAGUCUAUAGAGCUUCCUCCCAUAAGUGAAUAUUUGAGGCAGAAAAUGCAAACACAAGGUCUAAGCAAUGUCGUGGUUCCAAUUCUUCGUGUAGUAGAUGUGAGGAAGUUUGUCUUUGGGGGAAUUCCGGCUCAUGAAGACUCCUUCUUUCCUUUCAGGGAAAGUGUAAAUUUAAACAAUGUGGCUAUGGUCUUGUUAUGCGAAGAAACACCUUUGCAGGUUGUGGAUGAGGCAGAGUUAAAAGAUACAGGGCCUCCGAGAAAGACUAUUUGGACUCCGUUUGUCCCGAGGCGGGAUGACACUCUCAUUAUAGUGCCCCCGAAACCCAAGCCAGGUGCCGUGCUUUCUCGAGAUGCGGCAAACAUUGCUAAAUCAUUUAUGCCGCCACCGUUAUCGGAGAAGUCAAUUGAAAAUGCGCAGCGCAGUGUUACGGCAUUUAAGAAAAUUUUGAAUCAUCGUUUACUGAUGCUUUUACGAGCCGAAAAUGCAUUUGAAGAAAAGUGGAAAGCCACGGGAAUAGUAAAGAGAGCCCUUGUCGCAUUCAACCUUGCGCAGGAUAUGUUGAAAUUGAAGGAGACUAUAAAGUGGAAGAGGGAAACAAGAGCAAUUUUGGAGAAUGCAAGUGCGAGGCGAAUAGUGCGCUUUUUUCGAUUAAUAAUCGAAAGGAAAUCCAAUUCCGCUCCUAUAAUGAGAGAAGCUCGUGUUAAAUACUUUGAAGAAAAAGCUGCAAUUGCCCUGCAGAAGUACGCAAGGCGCUGGUUGGCGGUUAAAGAAUUACGAAUUCUCCAAAGGCAACGUCGAGCAGAAAUAUUACGUGUCAUGAAGAUCCAGAGCACCUAUCGUAUGCAUGCCACACGAAGUCGUUAUAUUGCCUAUAAAGAAGAACAAAAUGAAGCAUUGAGAUUUGAAAAGGAGACGGUGGCGCGUGAAUUUGCGGCCAUACAGAUUCAGUGUGCGUAUCGGCGUCAUGCGUAUCGGCUCCGUAGGUGGUAUGAAGGAGGAGAAAAAAGACAAUUUAUACUUCACCACUUCAGAUCCUCGAGGGAAUACUACGCGACGCUGAUCCAAAAAACGUUUCGUGGGUUUUUGGUGCGGCGUGUUUAUGGCCCUGCAGUUUACGCAAAGCGAUGCUACGGUCGAAAUUGUUAUCGUGCUGCGCUGGUAAACACAUGCGCCACGAUUAUCCAGAGCGUAUUCCGGGGUUAUCGAGUGCGGCGUGCCACCAGAAUUCCCUUACAGCAACAUCUACGGCAAUGUGUAGUGCAACGUGCGAGAGAAAAAGUGGAAUCACUACGACGGAUUCAAAAUGAAGCGGCAAGGGUAAUUCAAUGCGCCUACCGUAGUUAUUCAGCUCGGAGGGUUGCAAAUGAACUGAGAACGCUACGGGAAAGGGAGCGUUUGCUGCGGCGAAAUCGUGUAUACCCGUCGUUUCGGUUGGAGGAACAGGUGUACUGA